CCAAGCUUCAUAAGGAUAAGACCAGUGAUAAAAAUAGAAAAAGAAGGGGCUUCCGAGUGUGGCAAACUAACAAUGGCUUCACCAUCAACAGCAGCAACAAUUUCGUGGAGUUCUUCAUCCUGGCUUCACAACUUUGUUGGACCCACAAAUAAAAUCUCCAAAUUGCCAGACAAAAGAAUGACUAUGGUUGUUUGGGCUCAAAAGAAAGCCAAGAAAACAAAAAAAAUUAUAUUGAAGGAGGAUGUAUCUGAUUUGGGGAAAAAGGGGCAGUUGCUUGAUGUGAAGGCUGGGUUUUACAGGAAUUAUCUUCUGCCUAUGGGCAAGGCGCAGAUUGUCACUCCUACUCUCCUCAAGGAAAUGAAGGUCGAACAAGAAAGAAUUGAGGCUGAGAAAAAACGGGUAAAAGAAGAAGCACAACAGCUUGCUCUUAUUUUUGAAACUGUUGGAGCCUUCAAGGUGAAGCGCAAAGGUGGAAAGAACAAACAAAUUUUUGGAAGUGUAACUGCUCAAGAUCUUGUUGACAUCAUCAAGGCACAGCUCCAAAGGGAUGUGGAUAAGCGAAUUGUUUCUCUUCCCGAAAUCAGGGAAACAGGAGAAUAUAUUGCUGAGCUUAAGCUUCAUCCUGAAGUUACUGCCCGAGUGAGGGUGAAUGUUUUUGCCAACUAAAGCAUCUUUUGGGAGCCCACUUUCCAAUGGACAAUUUGUGCGAGCAACUUGUUUCAUCCAAGGACAUUCGUUCUCACCCCAUAUCAAAUAGAUAACAAUGCCUUUUGGCUGAUGACAAAGUGUAAUUUCUAUGCAGCAUGGAGUUGUACAAAUGUUUUUUUUCUUUGCAACUGUGAUUUUACUGUUGCUUGUUGUACCUUCAUCUAGUGUAGAAUGCAGAAUGUAAUGUUCUUUUGGGCAGUUUAUUAUUGCUACAUAUAGCUCUUUUACUGUUUUUGGGAAA